AUGUCUCACGGAGACUACGAUGUAACGCGGCUCCCGCUCGAACUGCUGCAUGCAGAACUCUUGCGCCGACAGGAGAAGCCAACAUGUGGUACACCAGGGAAGCAAGGCUCCUACAACACGGGCAUCCAUGUGUUUGCCCUGUUCCUCAUUCUCGUGCUGAGCACACUAGCAUGCUCAUUCCCAAUCAUCGCCCACCGGUUCCCUGAUCUCCCCAUCCCUCACCGAUUUCUGUUCCUGUCUCGACAUUUCGGCACCGGCGUCCUGAUAGCCACGGCGUUUAUCCAUCUGUUACCCACCGCCUUCAUCUCCAUGACGAAUCCAUGUCUGCCGGACUUCUGGAGCAAACGAUAUCGGCCGAUGCCGGGGUUCAUUGCCAUGGUUUCGGUCUUUGUGGUGGUGUCGAUUGAAAUGUUUUUUGCGUCCAAAGGAGCAGGUCACAGCCACAGCAGCGAGUGGGAUGGAUUGCCAGAACCGAGUCAUCGAGAAGCCCAAGGCAACGGUCACAUUGCGUUGAAUCAUCUAGCCACUCCUCUCACCCCGUAUGCGGACGGGACGCCGAAGCCCCGGAUGUCCACGUCAAGCGAGUCGGAUUCAGGAGGCGACGAUGAUCUUGACGGGUUGGAUCCUAUGGCGGAACAAUCUGCCACGCUCAAUCAUCCACACAGGCGGAAAAUAUCACAGCAUGAAAAUCACCAUAGCCAUCAUGACGAAAACCCCAAGAGACUGUUCCUGCAGUGUCUUCUCCUGGAAGCCGGCAUCCUUUUCCACAGCAUCUUUAUCGGAAUGGCUGUUUCUGUCGCGACGGGCACCGAGUUUGUGGUGUUGUUGGUGGCAAUUUGUUUCCACCAAACCUUUGAAGGGUUCGCAUUGGGAUCCCGCAUUGCAGCGCUCAUUCCGAAGCUUUUCGACGCCAACAGCCCCAAGCCCUGGCUUAUGGCGCUGGCUUACGGAGCCACCACGCCUAUCGGACAGGCCAUUGGGAUCUUGAUGAAUGAGCUGUACGAUCCUGCCUCUGAGGCGGGCUUGUUGAUGGUGGGCAUCACGAAUGCCAUCAGUAGUGGCCUUUUACUAUUCGCAGGCCUUGUGCAGCUGAUUGCAGAGGAUUUUCUAAGCGAGAGAAGUUAUGAGGUUCUUCACGGUCGCCGCAGAUUGGAGGCUUGUGCUGCCGUCGGUCUGGGUGGCUUGCUGAUGGCGAUUGUGGGAGCGUUCGCGUGA